AUUUCACCCGUUUUUCAAAAGCACGUUCCCUCUCUUUCCCAGCUAUUGCAAUCCGUUCAGCGGGAAGGAAAUCGGGGAUUUCCGUUCCUCACUCGUUUUCCUCCUCCUCUUCCUCUUCAUCCAUUUCCUUUCUCCCCUCUCGUUUGUUCUUCUCCUCCCGAUUUCACGAAACGAGAGUUUCAAUUUUGGGGUUUCUUUUCGGAUUAGUGGAAAAUUUGCCGUUGAAACCCUAGCUAGGGCUGGAGAUUCAUCGUCUCGCUUCUAUUUUUUCCUUCCGCAGCUUCAAUACUCUAGCCAGGUAAGGGAUUUGAAGAUGCAGGCGUUGGAUCCUGGUGGGAAAAUUCACCGUCUGGAGCUCGAGAACUUCAAAUCCUACAAGGGCCACCAGACAAUUGGCCCCUUCUUUGACUUCACGGCGAUUAUUGGUCCUAAUGGUGCCGGGAAGUCCAACCUCAUGGACGCCAUCAGCUUCGUUCUCGGGGUGCGCUCGUCGAACCUGCGGGGCGCGCAGCUCAAGGAUCUCAUUUACGCGAACGACGACCAGGAGAAAGACAGGCCUGGGCGCAGGGCGUAUGUGCAGCUGGUCUACGUGACAGGUGCUGGUGAGCAGGUGGAGUUUACGCGGACAAUUGCGGGCGCAAGCGGUAGCAGUUACAGGAUAAACGGCGAGCAAGUGAGUUGGGGGGAGUACAACGAUAAACUGAAAUCGAUCGGAAUUCUGGUCAAAGCCCGGAAUUUCCUGGUUUUCCAGGGAGAUGUUGAAUCAAUUGCUUCAAAGAAUCCUAAGGAACUUACUGCACUAAUUGAGCAAAUAUCUGGGGCUGAUGAAUGCAAGAGGGAAUAUGAUGAACUUGAGGAAAAGAAGGCUUUGGCUGAAGAGAAAUCAGCGUCAGCUUAUCAGAAAAAACGGACUAUUGUGCUGGAACGGAAACAGAAGAAGGAACAAAAAGAAGAAGCUGAGAAGCAUCUGCGUUUGCAGGAUGAGUUGAAAUCUCUGAAAAGGGUGCAUUUUUUGUGGCAAGUGUUCAAUGCGGAGAAGGAUAUUGAGAAAACAAACAAAGAACUAGAAAAAGAAAAUAGGAUUCUGGAGGAAAAGUUGAAGGUACAGGAAGAAUCUGAGCUUGAUAUUAGUGAGAAGAACAAGGAGAACUCUACAUACCUGAAGGAGGUGGUGCUGGUUGAGAAGAGGAUUGCAAAGAAAACAGGCGAACUCGAUAAAAAGAAACCAGAGCUUUUGAAAUUGGUGGAGGAGAUUUCUCGUGUUACGUCAAAAAUUAAGAGCACCAAGAAGGAACUAGAGAAGAAGAAAGGCGAAAGGAAAGUGCAUGCUAAAGAGGUAGAAAGGCUUCAAAAAGAGAUGCAUGAUGUAGCUACAGCUAUAAAUAAUCUGAAUUUAGAAGGUCAAGGAGGGGAAAAACUUCUGCUUGCAGAUGCUCAGAUUAAGGAGUACCAUAGGAUUAAGGAGGAAGCUGGAUUGAAGACUGCAAAACUGAGGGAUGAGAAAGAGGUGUAUGAUACGCAGCAACAAGCUGAUAUCGAAGCUCUAAAAUACUUGGAAGAAAAUCUCGAACAACUAAGAAACCGUGAGAAAGAGCUUGCUUCUCAAGAGAGCCAAAUGAAGUCAAGGCUGAAACAGAUCACUGAUGCAAUUACAGAGAACACAAAAGAACUAACAAAAUCGAGGCAUGAGUUGAGUGUUAUGCAAGAUAGACACCGAAAAUCUAGGGCAAAAUAUGACAACCUAAAAGCGAAGGUGAGUGAAAUUGAAGCUCAAUUACGAGAAUACAAGGCUGAUAUGCAUGAAAGUGAAAGAGAUAGAAGAUCAUCUGAAGCAGUUGAAAGUCUCAAGCGACUGUUCCCAGGUGUCCACGGGCGCAUGACGGGUCUUUGUAAGCCAACUCAGAAGAAAUACAAUCUUGCAAUUACUGUUGCAAUGGGCAAAUUCAUGGAUGCUGUUGUAGUUGAUGAUGAGCAAACAGGGAAAGAGUGUAUUAAGUAUUUAAAGGAACAACGACUUCCACCUCAGACUUUCAUACCUAUACAGUCAGUCCGGGUAAAGCCUGUGCAUGAGAAGCUGCGGACACUGGGAGGAAGUGCGAGGCUAAUUUUUGAUGUGGUUCAAUUUGACCCCUUCUUGGAGAAGGCUGUACUUUAUGCUGUCGGAAAUACAUUAGUUUGUGAUACUCUUGAGGAGGCCAAGGUCCUCAGUUGGAGUGGAGAACGAUAUAAAGUGGUGACUGUCGAUGGUAUUCUCUUGACAAAGUCUGGUACAAUGACUGGAGGAAUUAGUGGUGGAAUGGAAGCUCGGUCACUUAAAUGGGAUGAACACACAAUUAAAGGUCUGAAGAAGAAUAAAGAUGACUAUGAAGCAGAAAUGGAAAAGCUUGGCUCAAUCAGAGACAUGAAAAUGAAAGAGGCUGAUGCAUCUGGAAAAAUUACUGGCCUUGAAAAAAAAAUUGAUUAUUCCAAUCUGGAAAAGAAAACUAUUGAAGACAAAAUUUCAAAGUUAAACCACGAAAGAAUUAAUGUGAAGGAAGAAAUAAGUCGUCUUGAACCUGAAAGACAAAAGUUUGAGACUUACAUUUCAAACAGAGCUAAAGACAUCACCAAGCUUGAGACAAGGAUCAAUGAGAUUGUUGACAGGAUUUAUCGAGACUUUAGUAAAUCUGUGGGGGUUAAUAACAUUCGUGAAUAUGAGGAAAAUCAACUCAAGACUGCACAAAGAAACUCAGAGCGAAGACUUAGUUUGAACAACCAGUUGUCAAAACUGAAGUACCAACUGGAAUAUGAACGGAAACGUGACAUGGAUGCUCCAGUUUCAAAACUUUCUUCUGCUCUCGGUUCAUUAGAAGAAGAACUGAAGGAAUUGCACAAGAAAGACUCUGAUAUCAGACAGGCAAUGGAGGAAGGUGAAAGAUAUAUGGAAGAGCUGAAGGCUGAAGUUGAUGAGUGGAAAUCAAAGGUAGAAGGGUGUGAAAAUAUCCUUUCUGAGUUAAAGAAGAAAGCAAACCUUGUUCUGGGUGACAUUAGCAAGUUGAAGCGUCAGAUUGGCUCCAAGGAGACCCUGAUUGAGCAGCUUAAAUCACGCAAGAAAGAUAUACUGGAGAACUGUGAAUUGCAACAGAUUACACUUCCAAGCAUUGGUGAUCCGAUGGAGAUAGAUUCUUCUGUACAAACAGUAAGCUUUGACUACAGUGAACUAAUCAAAUCAGGUCUCAGGGAUAUUAAAAGCUCUGACAGGGAUAAAAAGGAGGCAGAAUUCAAACAAAAAAUGGAUUCCUUAACAUCAGAAAUUGAAAGAACAGCACCCAACCUAAAGGCCUUAGAUCAAUAUGAAGCUCUCCAAGAAAAAGAGAAAGAGGCUGUUGAAGAAUUUGAAGCUGCUAGGAGAGAAGAAAAAGAAGUAACUGAUCAAUACAACUUGGUGAAAAGGAGGAGGUAUGAGUUGUUUAUGGAGGCUUUCAACCAUAUUGCUGACAACAUAGAUAAGAUAUACAAGGAGCUUACCACAAAUAGCACGCCUAACAUGGGUGGGACAGCAUACCUAAGCUUAGAAAACGAAGAUGAUCCAUUCCUACAUGGUAUCAAAUAUACAGCCAUGCCACCUUCAAAACGUUUCCGUGAUAUGGAGCAAUUGUCUGGUGGAGAGAAGACGGUAGCAGCUCUCGCUUUGCUCUUUGCAAUUCACAGUUACCGUCCCACCCCAUUUUUCAUACUCGAUGAAGUUGAUGCUGCACUGGACAAUGUUAAUGUUGCCAAAAUUGCCCGUUUUAUCUGCUCCAAGUCUUGCACGAUUGAUAGUAACGAGGGGAAGGAUGACAAGAGAUUUCAGUGCAUUGUGAUUUCGCUGAAAGACAGUUUCUAUGAGAAAGCCCAAGCACUGAUUGGAGUUUGCAGGGAUUGUGAUAAAAGCUGCUCGAGGACUCUGACAUUUGACCUUACACGGUACAGGGAAUCAUGAGACUUUGUGUACAUUGCAAUAGUAGCAACACAUGGGAGGGUGUAUCAUGUCUUUUGUAGGUAUCAAUUGUUUUAGUCUAACGGAAGCAAAUGGCCUAACCUACAUUUAAACUGACUGGAUGUACAUAAAACAUCAUCACCGAGCUGUAUAAUGCGCUAAAAUCAUCUACGUUGCCAUCAGUAAUAUAUCUGGGUUCAUUGCUCAAGUUAAUCCAAAA